UUACUUUCACGGCGACGAAUUCACAGCAUUUUCUCGUAUAAAAGUAACCUACCAACCGAAUUCGCGACCUUACCUCCCCAAUGAAACUGCAUUAUGAAAAAUGCGCGUUCCCCCCUUGAAAAACCUGUUCUGGAGGGAGUGACUUGAAGCGCUGUCCAAUUAUCUGAUAGCACCAUUUAUUCAACGCUACACAGCGCCGUCACACCAUCCGCAACUCACAAACAAGGAUGAGCCAAUGUGGAGGGAAUGAUAAUUUGAAAAUAUAACCUGGACGGAGGGGGAAAAACGGGAAAAUUCAUUCAUGACAGGACAUCAACAGCAUGCGAUCAAACGAAAGUGCGCAACCCAAGGCGCUCCGCUUUUUUCGUCUGGAAUUCUGCGGCUCUAUAAAUGAUUCAUGCGACCCUAUUUCUGAGGGAGUAAUUGCGCUCGCGCUGUGUGUUACUAUCACUUAUGACUGCGUUCGAGUGAGCGCUUACGUGUAAAGCCGGUUACAAAUCUGCAGAGAAGAAGGAGAUCUCGAUACAUCUGAAACUGGAGAGAGAGUCCACGGAAAGUCUAUUGAUUGCGCUCUCUUCCUACGGGUUGGUGAAUUAAAUUCUCAAGCGUCUACAGGCGGGCCGUCUGUCAAGUCGUCUGUCAGAGCAAUCAACUGUUGCUGCUACCGAGUGAUUGAAGAGACGCGAUUUUUUCCCAAAGUGUUUGAUGUGGCAUUGAAUUUGGCAAGGUUCGAUGAUGGGUGCAAAUUAAAGCACCUCCGUUCUUUAUGGACACCCAACACACUCAAUGUGACGGCACUGUUCAAUUAACAUGGAAAACAAGACUAUUGUUCCUAUAGAUGCUUUGGUUACAUUUAAGUGUUCGGUUUUGAUACCGCAGACUAGGCAUACAGAAUGACCAGUCUCUCUAUAGCUGCCGGCGUUUUUGAUAUUGGCAUUCAUUUUUAUUUUGGGUUGUGACAGAAGGACGAUUGGACAUUUUUUAACAACCUAAGGCGACUGUUGGAUUUACAGCGAUUUUAUUUCUUUUGACCUUGCCAGUGAUCUAAAAUUCAGCGCAAAUGUUGAUGAUGGAGAACAACGGUAUGGAUGCGCAUCAGGUUGACACGGAUUUCGAGCCACAAAGCCGGCCACGGUCAUGCACCUGGCCGCUGCCGUGUCCAGAGGAUAUUCCGGGAGGCGAGGAGGAGAACCGGUGUCUACCCCUGGCGUCUGUGAAAGUGGAGCCGUAUAACGUGCCAGCAUGCAGAGGCGAGAGAAGCGGCGGAGCGCCGUCAGAGAUAAAGCACCCAGCCGGCGCCCCAGCCCCGAUCGCUGCCGCUCCAGCGUGCAUGUCCGGGGCUGCCCUCGAUGUAGCCGGCCAGCUGCGCAAAUCCAAAUCCUCGCGACGGAACGCAUGGGGCAAUCUUUCGUACGCGGACCUCAUUACGCGUGCAAUCGAAAGCACCCCAGAAAAACGACUCACUUUGUCCCAGAUUUACGAUUGGAUGGUCCGCUUUGUACCCUAUUUCAAGGAUAAAGGCGACAGCAAUAGCUCUGCUGGCUGGAAGAAUUCCAUUCGGCACAACCUGUCCUUGCACACUCGCUUCAUCCGGGUGCAGAACGAGGGGACGGGCAAGAGCUCCUGGUGGAUGCUGAACCCCGAAGGGGGCAAGAUGGGCAAGGGGCCCCGGCGACGGGCCGUCUCCAUGGACUCCAACGGCACCAAGUACCUCAAGUGCCGGGGGCGCGUCAGCAGGAAGCGGGCAGGGCAGGGCCCUGGAGGGGCGGGGGUCGGAGCCAGAGGCCUCGGAGCGGGGCCCGGCAUGCAGGGGUCCCCGGAACACGGCAGCCCGGCGGGGAAGGCUGGCAGCCUGGGGGUCGGGGGCGUCGGAAGCAUCGGGGGCGAGGAGUUUGACGCUUGGACGGACCUGCACUCCCGCACGAGCUCCUCGGCCUCCACGCUCAGCGGCUGCCUCUCGCCCAUCCUGGCUGAAGCGGAGCCUGACGAGCCGGAGGAGGGCGGGGGCGGCCUCUCCUGCUCCGCCUCGCCACGCCUCUAUCCCAGCCCCUCCAGCACCCGCUCGCCGGCCCUGGGCACCGGUGGGCACUGCCCCGCCGUGGAGCUGCCGCAGCUGGCCGACUUGACCGGUGCCAUCAGCCUAGACGAGGGCUUCUCCCAGGCCUCGCAGCUCAAGCGGGCCGGGUACCCCUACGCCAAGGGGGAGACGGCCUACUGUGGGUCCAUGUUCGGGCAGCCCUCCUUGGGCAUACUCAGGCACCACGCGCCCAUGCAGACCAUCCAGGAGAACAAGCAGGCCACCUUCCAGCGCCCCCUAAGGGGCUACUCAGAGAAUAACGCCCUGGAGAGCCUGCUGGCCGGGGGCCCGCAGUACUGCGGGAAAGACAUGGUGGUUGGCCAGCCGGGGGCAGGGGGACUGUCGCUUCUGGCACAGCAGUCUGGCGCCACCCUCGGCCAGAACCGCAGUCUAAAUAACAACAGCCAGAGUCACAAUCACAAUCACAACCCUAGCCAAUGUCACAGUCACGAACACGGUCACAAUCACCAGGGCCUCCACAACGGCCACAGCUCCGGCCACGAUCAGCCCCCCAGCAGUCAGCAGCACCAUCACAAUCACUCGCACAAUCAGCGCCUCAGCAGUCACCCCCACAAACACCACCCGGGACUGGACUACAGCCACCCGACUCACAAGCACCACCCGAGCCCCGCGCACGACUACACCCAGGCGCAUGACCCGACGCAGGGCCACAAGCUGAACCCGCAGGCCCAGGGCCACCAGGGGCACCAGGGGCACGGACAUGUCAUGCACGGGCCCCCCCAGCAGGCUGCGCUCUCGCCGCGGGUCAACAGCGACCUGCUGCAGCCCUACAGCCUCAAAACGCCCAGCCUGUACGUCCCGCAGCCGCAGCCGCCGCGCGCCCACCUGCCCCCCAACCCCGCUGGGGGGGUCAUGGACGUGCCGCAGGACCCCUGCCGGCUGGCUUCGGCGUUGCACCCUCGCCACCACCAGCCCUACCCUCUGCCGCAGCAGCAGGGCAUAGCCGACGCCUGGCAAGGGUACUACAGCAGCACUCAGCACCUCCAUCAGCACCCCCAUCACCAACACCAACAGCAACACGCUCAGCUUCACCAGCAGCAGCACUCCUCAUCCUCACAGCACACCGCCGCCGUCGCAGGUUACCACGGCAACCACGCUCACCACGGCAACAACGCCCACCACCACAACAACACCAACCGUCACCCCGGCGAUGGCUCCCUGGAGAUGGAGGCCAUUUCCGCCGGUGUCGGCGCCGCUGGCGGCAGCCUGGACUAUGACGUGGAGUCCAUCUUGCUCCACGACUUCAUGGACACGGAGGCCGUGGACUUCAACUUCGACGGCUCGCUGUCUCAGGGCGUGGGCAUCGGCAUGGGGAUUGGCAUGGGCAUGGGGGCGUUUGCCGGACCUCCCCAGACACACAACAGCCAGAGCUGGGUGCCCGGGUGAACCGGCAAAGGGGGGUGCUGAUCGCCACUGACGCUGAUGUGAUUUAAACAACAAAAAAUAAGCACUUACCCUAGAGGUGUGACCCUGGGGUGUAGGGGCAAUCCUGAGUUUGACUGCUUUGACUAUGAUUUCAUUUGUUCAGAAAAGACAUAAGCAAGGACUGAGAGCCAUGUCCUGGUCGUGUAAUGAUGAUUCUCAACCCAAUCUGCCCCUUUGUCUUUUGUUUUGUAACGUCCUCUGUGGUUUAGUGUCCCCCCUCCCUUCCCCUCUUCCCAACCACACACACACACCCACACACACACACACAGACACACACACACAGACAGACAGACACACACAGACAGACACACACAGAGUUACUGCCAACUGCUGUCCCCAUGGUUCACGUCCUUUAUUUAGUCCACAAUCCAUCUCGGAGUCCGACAUACUCGAGCACUUUACAUCAUCCAUUCAGGUGCAGCAACACAGAAAAUCAGAGGGAAGUCAAAAUGUCUGCCGGCCAAAGUUUAAUGUAUGCAAACGACUUUGUUGUCCUUCCUUUGAAAAAAGAAGAGCCUUGGUGUUUUUUUCCCCUCUCUCUCAUCCCUCAAGUUGAGGAUCAAACAACUGCAUAAAUAAGUAUCUGGGUGUAUGUGCUGUCAUGCUAUAUUUUGUAUAUGGUGUUGGUGAGAGGCAGGUGAGUGUGUGUGUGUGUGUGUGUGUGUGUGUGUGUGUGUGUGUGUGUGUGUGUGUGUGCAUUGGUGUUUUACGGGGACAUUCGUUCCAUACGGGGUCAGUUUGAGUUCCCCUACUUCCUGUGAGGAGUUAAUGUGGUGUCCCCCCAUUCAGGACAGUCAUCCAUCAGGUUCACUUCAACGCCGCUCCCAUUGAAAUUCAGCAUCUCCUCUUUAAUCUCCAAAGUAAUGCCACAGCAAUGCAUCACUAUUGCUAAUCGAACAUGGCGCCUACUGUGUGUGUGUGUGUGUGUGUGUGUGUGUGUGUGUGUGUGUGUGUGUGUGUUUUCUUCCUUCACCUCCGGACGCACUGGCUUAAUGUGUUUU